AUGUCUCGUUCAAUUGAGAGUAUGUUAGGCCUUCUCAAAAUUCGUGUGAAGAGAGGCAUUAAUCUUGUAGUGAGCGAUACGUUUAGCAGCGAUCCUUAUGUUGUAAUUACCCAGGGAAAACAGAAAUUGAAGACCAAAGUGGUGAACAAUAACUGCAAUCCUGUAUGGAAUGAGGACUUGACUCUUCCAAUUAGAGAUACUAACAUUCCAGUUCAUUUGACCGUGUUUGACAAAGACACAUUUACUGGGGAUGACAAAAUGGGAGAAGCAAUUAUAGAUAUUAGGCCAUAUAUGGAGAGCAUAAAAAUGGGGUUGGAAAAUCUUCCCAAUGGCUGUGCAAUAAAGAAGCUACAGCCUACCAGGGAGAACUGCCUCCUCGACGAGAGCGGCAUCAUCUGGAACAACGGAAAAAUAACUCAAGACAUGGCCCUCAAAUUGCGAAAUGUGGAGAGUGGUGUUGUGGAGAUCCGCCUCGAGUGGGUUGAUGUUUUAAGGGUUUGA